CACAAACAGAAGCAGGAAGAGAGUUAAAGUGAGGUCUGUGAACACUAGGAAGUAGUAGUUCUUGCUGGUGCCUUGGUCCUUGACACACAUUUAACGUAACAGGCAGAUUCUAACUCUCAUGGCUCUUCAUCUCUCCCUCCUCCUCCUCCUCCUCAUCUUCUACAGACUCUCAGCAGGUAAGGUGGGGCAUGUGUCUGUGCAAACAGGAGGCUCCAUCACCUUCCCAUGUCGCUAUGAUCUGAAUCACAUCAACCAUGUGAAAUACUGGUGUAAAGGAUUAGGUUGGGCUGUAUGUUCUUAUGUAGUACGCACUGACCAUCCUAAGAGCCGUGGUAAGACCUCAAUCUCUGAUGACAUCACCCAGAGAGUCUUCACUGUGACCAUGACUGACCUGACGUCAUGGGACUAUGGGAAUUACAGGUGUGUUGUGGAGAUCAAUGGAGGACCAGAUAUCAUGAUACAAUGGUUCUACCUAUCUGUCACUCCAGGUACUCCAGAACUCUAUGUGGACCAACAGGAAGUGACUGGAGUAGAAGGAGGGAGUGUCACUGUCCGUUGUUACUAUAGUAACUCUGGAGAUAUAAAGUGGUGCAGGAUGGGUGGUGAUUGUGUGAUGUGGUAUUCUUGGACUUUACAUGGAACAUCAGUGACAUUAAAGCGGACUAGUGAAGCCAACAACAGAAAAGCCUUAACAGUGACUAUGAGUGGACUGAAGAUGGAGAACACUGACUGGUAUUGGUGUAGAGUGGGAGAACUAGAGAUGCCUGUUCACAUCACUGUCAGUCAACAAACUGCAACACAGAGAACCUCUAAGAUGUCCUCAACAACCCAAGAUCCAACCACUCAACAACCCUCUGCCUCUCCAACUGCUGAGCCUGUUCAGACUGACAACACAAGUCAAGGAGCUGAGGGGAACAUGGAGGAAGUCCACCAGAGGUCCAUAGAUGUGAAAGUCCUACUCAUCUCUCUGGGCAUGUUGGUGGUGCUGACAGCUGGUAUCCUAGUAACAUGGAAGAUGUGGAGAAAGCAUAAAGACAAUAAAGCCGAGAACCAGCCAAUAAUCACCUCAGCGGACCCAUUUCCUGACAAUGAUGCUGUAACGUACAGUACUGUCGUCCUAAAGAGGAAGACCCAGCAAAAGUUACAGACCAAGUCAGCAGAACCAGAUGAUAAUGUGGUCUACAGCUCACUAGCUCUACAGGUGACCACACAGCAGAGGGCAGCAGCAGCACAAUAGUGACUGACGAGAAGACCUUGGUUGAGUCCUUUUACUGGAAGGACAGAACACUCCCCUCUCCUGUGUUACAUCUAUCUCCCUCCAAUAUGAUUCUGUCAUACCUCUUAACCCACCCCAGAAAGACCCCUCUAUUCUUUAGUGUAAUAAACUACUGAAGACAGUCUGCUGUGUUUGUUUUC